GGAAUCCGCCUGACAAAUCAUGAAAAAUAUCAUAUUCCGCGAUGGACUGUGAAAAAAAUCUUUACACACGGAAAACAACUACUCGUAAAACACAUGACUGGUAACACACGCUCGGUUAUUUUCUCUCUAUAGACUAUAGAGGUCUUCUCCCCCACACAAAACUCACGCGCGCUCUCUCUCUUUCUCUUCGCGUCUCCGGCGGAUGACAUUCUGCUCCGGCGCUUCAUGGCUAAAACACGGGCCACUCGUAGAACCCUAGAUUCCUACACUGUUAAGUCCAUCAGCAAAACUAUCAAAGCCGGUGACUGCGUGCUGAUGCGGUCAUCGGACUCUUCGAAGCCGUCAUACGUCGCCCGAGUUGAGAAGAUCGAGUCUGAUAGCAGGGGAGGCAACGUGAAAGUUCACGUCCGGUGGUACUACCGUCCGGAAGAGUCGAUCGGUGGCCGGCGGCAGUUCCAUGGCUCCAAGGAGGUCUUCCUCUCCGACCACUAUGAUAUACAGAGCGCCGACACCAUAGAAGCUAAGUGUACGGUCCACAGCUUCAAGAGCUACACCAAGCUCGACGCUGUUGGUAAUGAAGACUUCUUUUGCCGAUUCGAGUACAAUUCCUCUACCGGAGCCUUCAAUCCCGACAGAGUUGCCGUGUACUGUAAAUGUGAGAUGCCUUAUAAUCCAGAUGACCUCAUGGUUCAGUGCGAGGGCUGCAGUGAUUGGUUUCAUCCUACAUGUAUAGAAAUGACAGCCGAGGAUGCCAAAAAACUUGAACAUUUCUUUUGUCAAAAUUGUUCUUCUGAAGAUCCGAAGUUACAAAGCUCUCAUGCUACUUCCAGACAUUCAGAUACAAAGGUGGAAACAAAACGCCGUAGGAGGUAACCCACGCCCUUUCACGUGAGAGGAGAUAUAAUAUCGCUUUAGUUUCCUGAAGGGUGCAAGCAAACACCGAGGCAGAUAGGACUGCAUCAGAAGCAACAAUCAUGUAAGCUGAUGUAAAAAGGAAACUGGUUUUUAUUAGUUGUAUUGUCUAGGUGGUUUGAGAGACAAAUGCCUUGUUUCCUUUAGAUAUAGGUCGAGGAAGUGUUUGGUUGUCUGUAAUUAUUUAAUGUAGAUUUCUCUCUUGGUUGGCUUGCUUUUUUUUUUUUUUUUUUUUUUUUUUAUUUGCUAGGGCUGUAUCACCUGUAUGAUAAAGAGCUAAUUAUCUUCCCUUAAUAGCCAUUUGAUGUAAAGGGGUCCAGGUAUUGAUUAAAGACAUUUUUAUGUGUGGCUUAUGACUACGAGAGGUUUCUUGGCUUAUGGGAAUAUAAUGAUAGACUUACUAUUA